CUCUCACUCUCUCACUGAUCUUUUUUUAUUAUUAUAUUUUCUGGACUACUUUACAUAUAUUCGUACACAUUUUCGAACAAAAAAGUAAGAUGCCUCUUUUAGAACUUCUUAUACCCUCUACUGUGUAUUGUGUAUUUAAUUAUGCGAGGAUCAAAUAAUUGAAUGAAAUGUGUUGAAAUGUAUAAAUUGAUAUAUGGUGCGGAAUUAUGCGCAAAGGAUUAAGUAAGCAAGAAGUGUUAAUUUAUAUUGUGCCACAAUAAAUAAGCAACAUAUUUUCUAUUAAGAUGUUUCCUAGUAUCCAGAAGAAGGACUAUAGAGUCCUAGAAUUAGUGCGUCAAAGAGAAAUACAGGACUCAGUGACGCAUACGAUUCUACAAAAACUACAGGUUACUGAAAAUUUAAUAUUACGUCUAGGUUUAGAAAAAGAAUUAAAUGGUCAUUCAGGAUGUGUUAAUUGUUUAGAAUGGAAUGAAACUGGACAAGUUCUUGCGUCAGCGUCAGAUGAUAAAGACAUUAUCUUAUGGGAUCCUUUUCGUUAUGAAAAAAAACUUGUACUUCAUUCGGGCCAUCGCGGAAAUAUUUUCUCUGUAAAAUUUAUGCCAAAAUCAAAUGACAGUAUACUGGUAUCAGGGGCGGCAGAUUGCAGGAUUCGGGUGCAUGAUCUCACGUUGUCCGAACCAAUAUUCACAUGUAAAUGCCAUAAGCAGCGCAUUAAACGUAUCGCCACCGUUGCCAGUAUACCGUUUUUAUUUUGGAGUGCGGGCGAGGACGGUCUUUUCUUACAAUACGACAUUCGCACGCCGCACGUUUGCAAGAGCAACGACCACAGCGUACUCGUAAAUCUGGUGUAUCACACGGGUUGUUAUGCUGAGGGCAAGUGCAUCGCUGUGAACCCGAGGAGACCUGAAUUGAUAGCCAUCGGCGCUAAUGACGCUUACGUACGAAUGUACGAUCGACGAAUGAUAAAGCUCUCACAGGUUCCUCCAUCUCCCUCUAUACACGACAAUUCGAAUGGAGCAAAUAUUAGUACAUAUCGAGCUGGUAAAGGCGAUCCAAAUAACAAUAUUCCACUGGGUAGCGUGCAGUAUUUUAUUGCAGGUCAUCUCCGCUCUCGUGACGGAGCUAGGAGCAUUACAACUACCUACUUAACGUUCAGUGAUGAUGGAAAUGAGUUACUUGUGAAUAUGGGUGGAGAACAGAUUUACUUGUUUGAUAUCAACGAUUCGAAGAGUUCAAAAACAUUUCUUGAUUCAUCAUGGAAACAUCCAGGUUCAAUUGAACAAGUUCAAAAACUUAUGUAUUACAUGAAACAGAAUGACACAGACGACGCAGGUGAUUUUGUAGAUAAAAAUGUCAAGAUAUUGCCACCACAUGUUGAAGAAAUAAAGCGUCUAGCAAACGAGGGGUUCGAGCACCAGAAAUAUUCACUAGCAAUUAAUUUGUAUAAUAAAGCAAUUUCAUAUUGUCCAACGGCAGCUGUAUUGUUUGCGAAUCGAGCAGCUGCUUAUAUGAAACGCGCUUGGGAUGGCGAUAUUUAUGCUGCUUUACGAGACUGUAAGACAACGUUACUUUUGGACCCAGAACAUGUAAAAGCUCAUUUUAGAUUGGUACGUUGCCUGUUUGAUUUAAAUCGAUCAAUUGAAGCUGAUAAAAUGCUCACGAGUUUUCAACAAAAAUUUCCAGAAUAUGCAUCUAAUUCAGCAUGUAGAGCAUUGAAGAUGGACAUAAAAGAGGCUAUCGAUGUUGGAAAAGACAUCACACAAACAAGACAGACGUUUCUUCCAUUGUCAGAGUACGAACAAGAAUGGAGACGUAAUACAAUCGACUACGCAAUGAGAUUUUGUGGUCAUUGUAAUACUACAACCGACAUAAAGGAGGCAAAUUUCUUUGGAAACAAUGGUCAAUAUAUAGUGGCUGGAUCAGAUGAUGGUUCCUUUUUUAUUUGGGAUCGUAAUACUACCAAUAUCGUACGUGUGUUGCGAGGGGACGAGAGAAUCGUCAAUUGCUUACAACCGCAUCCAUCUAUGUGCUUGUUAGCUACUAGUGGUAUUGAUCCAGUGAUCAGAUUAUGGAGUCCAUGGCCAGAGGACGGUAGUGUGAAUGAAAGAGAAAUUCAGAAUUUAGAUGAUGCCGCAUCGGCUAAUCAAAUACGCAUGAACAGCGAUCCAUUUGAAUUAAUGCUGAUGAACAUGGGAUACAGAUUUCCUGUUCCGCAGCAUGAAUUCAGCGAUGAGGACAACGAGGAUCAGCACGAUCAACCAAUAACGCAAGCUUUGAAUUGCAGACCAAGCUAAAUUUUGUAAAAAUACAGAAAGAAACUUUAGUAGUUAACAGUGAUUAAAUAAUUGAAAAUUUAUCUUAAUAUAUUGUCAUCUGCCACAUACUUUAAUCUUAUUUAUUUAUUUUUUCUUCUUUUACCAAUAUAUCUCGAAGCAACAUAUAUUCUCUUUUUUUGUUGUCAUUAUAAUCUAUUAAGUAUCUUUGUAAGAUACUUAGCAUAUGCAAGAUAGAAUGGUAUUUAUCAGGUGUUGUGGAUAUGUGUUAACAAAAGCGAAAAACUUUUGAACAAGAAUUAUAUUUUAAGUAUUGUAAGAAGUAGUUGUAAUAUACCAUGUUAUAUUUUUUUGUAUAAAAUAACUUAACUUUUAUUUUAUAUAAAAUACGAAAGCAUUAUUAUAUAUGUAAAA